CGUAUUCCAGGUCAAUGGAUUAAACGGAAAACCCCAUUUUUAGGGUUUUAGCAAAAGGGUUAGAAAAACAAAGAAAUCUUGAAGAAACCGCAACACAGCACACGAUCAAAGAAGGAUGAAAUCAAUUAGAGCCAUCACUACACUUGUGCCCAGGCUUCAGGUGGCACUGAAAUCUGCUUCUCUCAGAAACUAUGCCAGUCAUGCUAACCAUUUGAACAAAUUGAACGCAGCUGGUGUUCCGGUUUUGUUUAGACUGUUGGGAAAUGGACAAACUGUAAAUUGUUGGUCAGAAUUGAAAGUUUCUGAGAUCCAUGGAGCGAAAUUUGUGAGUCCUAGCUAUGCUAGGUCCUUGGCAUCUAGGGCUUCGGAAUCCACACAGAAGUCAUCGGAGGCUCGAAGAGACGUAUCUAAAGUGGAGGAUCCAUUUGAUGCUCCAACAUACAAUAUUCCUGAGAAGCCAGUUACUUUUACAGAGGGAGCUUCUUACAGUAUUGUCAUCCUUGCUGGGCUUGGAAUUGCUGCUGCUGCAGGAUAUGGUGUUUUCAAGGAACUUAUAUUUGAACCGAAAGAAUACAAAAUAUUUGGGAAAGCUCUGGAGAGAAUUCAAAAUGACAGUCAGGUUAGGGUGAGAAUUGGGUCCCCUAUUACUGGCUAUGGCCAAGAAAGCAGGAAUCGUGCUGCUCGUCAGCGAAUUCCUAAUCGAACAUGGACUGAUGAGGAUGGCAAUGAGCAUGUUGAGGUAAAUUUCUACAUUCGUGGGCCACAUGGAGCUGGCAAAGUUGGUGCUGAAAUGUUCAAGGAUAAGGUCGAUAAACAGUGGAAGUUUAUCUAUCUGAUUGUUGAGAUCAAAUCCCCAUCCCCAGCGCAAUUUCUGCUCGAAUCUUAUGUCCCUGCUUGAAAUUUAUACGUAUACAAUGGAGUUGCUCCUGUCUGCUCUAUGCUCACGAGGAAAUGAAUGCUCUAGCCUUUAGGUCCUCGUUUAUUUUCUGCUUCAUCUCAAUGCCAGGUUAGUAUGAAUUGUUUAAUCAAUGUUUUGAUGAAUUGUAAACUGUAACCAUAAGGGCAUGUUGUACAGUUUGCUGCGGGAAUAAUGAGAUUAUCUAUUCUUAACAUUGUGUUUGGAGA